UAGGGACCUUUUUCUCUCCAUCCUCUGCUUCCUCUGCCUCAGUGCUGUGUUUCCAUGGAUUGUGUCUGUGUAUUUCUCUCUGACGGAUUGGAUUGCAGCUCUGGAUUUCAUUGAGAGCAGAUUGGACUUUGGCGACAGCAGCAGCAGCAGCUCAACACAUCCACCACUGUAACCUCAAUAGAGAAAAUUACAGUCAGGUGGCCUGUGAUUGCUAAAAGGCGUUUGCUGCCUGUACCGCUGCUGCUAUGUUACAGGAGAGGGUAAUCAGCACGGCUCAGCCACGUCUGCCAGCACACUUGUGAAAGAGGCAGGCUGUGCGUGUUGGUUGGUGGAGAGAGGGGAGAGAGCAAGAGAGAGAAGGGUAUGCUUCACCGUACCAAAUACAACCGCUUCAGGAAUGAGUCAGUAACAUCCGUCGAUGAGCUUCUCCACGGCCUGUCCAUGAACCCCAAGGUCUCGGCCAACCCCCAGUCUGCAGCCGAGACAUCUUACACACCCCCGACUGAGGUCCAGUCCUCCUCCACCACUACUGCUUCCAGCACCCCCACCAGCCACGGCUCUGACCACCUGGAAGAUGGAGGCACCACCCUCUGUACACUCAUCAACAAGGUGUCCAGCCUGAAAUUCAGCAACUCAGGCAGCUUGCUGGGCAUCAAGGGUCUGCCCUCGGCUGUCAAGGACCUGGCUGUGUCUAAGCUGCAGGUGGGUGGGGGAUCGGGCUCAGGCAGCUCCAGUGGCCCAAGCCCUGGUGCGGCGACAGCAGCAGCGGCAGCCUCUGGUGUGGGCGGCUCUCUGUGCAGCUCGGCCUCCCAUUCAACCCCCUGCUCACAGCUGGAGCCAGCCGUCAGCAUGAGCAAGAAGAGCAGGCUGGAUGAGCUCCAGCCUGGCAGAGAGGACUGGAAUCCAGGUGGAGGUGGUGGACUGGUGAACAAACCCUCCAGAGGAUGGCUACACUCGAGCGAGAAGAUCUCUGGUCCAGGAGUGACAUACAUUGUGAAGUAUCUGGGCUGUAUAGAAGUCCUCCGGUCAAUGAGAUCUCUGGAUUUCACCACAAGAUCACAAAUUACAAGGGAAGCCAUCAGCCUGGUGUGUGAGGCUGUUCCAGGGACCAAAGGAGCUCUGCGGAAGAGAAAGCCACCGUCCAAAGCUCUGUCCAGUAUCCUGGGGAAGAGCAACCUGCAGUUUGCUGGCAUGUCCAUCAACCUAAAUAUCUCCACCAGUAGCCUCAACCUGAUGACCCCUGAUGGCAAACAGAUCAUAGCCAACCAUCACAUGCAAUCCAUCUCCUUUGCAUCAGGUGGAGACCCUGACACAACAGAUUACGUUGCCUAUGUAGCAAAGGAUCCUGUUAACAGAAGAGCAUGUCACAUCCUUGAAUGCUCUGACGGGCUGGCCCAGGACGUCAUCAGCACCAUCGGCCAGGCCUUUGACCUUCGCUUCCAGCAGUACCUGCAGUGUCCCUCAAGCAAACUGUCCUCCACACAUGACAGGGUAUUAAACAUGGAGGAGUUACCAUGGACAGAGGAAGAAGAGGAGUCAGCAGAACAUCCUUACUAUAACAACAUCCCUGGCAAGAUGCCACCACCCGGAGGCUUCAUCGACACCCGGCUGACCAAUCAGAAUGCAGCACCAGAUGGAUGCCAGAUGGGCCCAGGUUCAGUAGAUCAGACAUAUUACCAAGGGCGGCACUGUGGAGAAAACUGGGGAGAAGAAAGAAAGCCCAUAUUCAUACAACAGGGAUCGUUUGAUAUAAGCAGUCUGCCAGAGAGUAAAGGUCAGGCACCGAAAACAGGAGAGAUGUCAGCGUAUGUGAACACUCAGCAGAUUGACGCCCAGGUGCUUGCAGCACUCCAGGCAGAGGCAGAAAAUGUGACAAAGGGCAUGGCGGCUGCAGCCAAAGAGAGCCCACAGAAGGACCUGUUUGACAUGAAGCCCUUUGAGGAUGCCAUUCAGUCGCAGUCCCACCCGCCGUCCCAGGGGCAAGCCCAGUCCCAGGCUUCUGGACUUCACAAGGCAGCAUCCGUGGACAACUCGAGCCCUCUUCUUGUGCGCUCACUGGCCUUCCGGGCACAGGAGGAGCUGGAGGGCCAGACAUGGUACCAUGGCAAAAUGAGCCGCCGUGACGCUGAAAAACUGCUAAAAGACGACGGGGACUUCCUGGUUCGUAAGAGCACUACCAACCCAGGGUCCUACGUACUGACAGGCAUGCACAAUGGACUUGCCAAACACCUACUGCUGGUGGACCCUGAGGGCACGGUACGGACAAAAGAUCAUGUAUUUGACAGCAUUAGCCAUCUUAUUGGCCAUCACCGUGACAACAAUCUGCCGAUUGUGUCAGCUGGGAGUGAACUGUGUCUCCUACAGCCCGUUGGAAGGAAACAGUGAUGCUUGCAAUGCCUGAUGGGAAAUAGGAAGCUCUGGACAGUCUCUCCUACCAUCCUGAAACUUGAAGAUGAAACACGAAGAGUAGAUACUUAAAGGCUCCAUGCGCGGACAGUGUUUUUGGGAAAUUGGCCCGUGGUUACUUUACCGGAGGCACUGGAAAGACGCAAGAUUUGUUUAAGAUAAAAAAUUAUUUAUAGAACUGUUAUUAUUUUGUUGUGAUGACUGAAAUGCUAUAUUUUUGAGAAGACAUAGGUGCAUUUGGACAUAAUAUCUUGAUUUGGUGUUUUAAAAGAUAAAAAAAAAAAGAUAAUUGUAGUUUAGUUUAGAUGAAGUGCAAAUCAAACCUCAAAGAGGUGUUAACAAGAGUAUUUUAGAAUAAAAACCUGAAAUUUUAGUUUUGUCUGUCAAGCACAACCACAUUUCUACAGGAACCGUUGGCUAAGAGGUGGAGGAAACAGAAACAGUUUGGACAACAAAUGCUGUUUAUAAUGAAUUACUUUAGGGAAAAUGUCCUUUAAUCUCACUAAUAGCGUGACAGCUCACUCAAUUAGUCACUAUAUGAAAUCUGCUUUUAUUGGGGAUUAGAACUGAAUGUGUUUUGCUUUGCAGUAGUCACAAAGUGUUGGGGUGCAAACAGACAUCCUUCAUAGUGCUGUCAAUGGCUUUAAAGAUAAACUUUUUUUUUAUGAAGUAUUUUCUUGUGUCACUGCAGUCGCAUGACUUAAAAUCAACUGUUCUUGUGGACAUUGUUCGUAGACCUUGAUACCCCUUUAUUUGAAAGAGGUGCUUGUGUAUGCUGACACUGUAAAAAUAUUUAUGCUUUUCAACCAGUGAUUAUUUCUGAAUUGGUUUUCUCUGGAUUCUUCUUUUAGGUGUGUAGUCAAUGAUUAGUUUUGGGGCUUGAGUCAUGCAAUGGAUAUUCUCACAUUCUUAAUUUUCAGCUUUAUUUGUGAACUUUUAAAAGUUAGUGUUAUCAUUUUUGAAUGAUCACAAAUGAAUAGCACAAUCAGAAAGUUAGAUCAGUUAGAUCAUCUGUGUCAGUUGUACCAAG